CAUAGGAAAACACGAAAGCAAGAGGUAGCAUGUUAAGUACGUGGAAGGACGCUAUAUAAUGGAAUCUUACUCCAUUCUUUCUCUCCUUUAAUCAAAUAAUAUUCUAGUAAAUAGGGUUUGCAGUGUCAAGAUCUGAUCGUGGGCGGGAAUAUGGGAAUACCCAGUGGGCAACCGGCCAAAAAACACUCUUUUCUGAAUGUCGGUGGAAAAGAUGCGACGGAGGGGAUAUCGGCAUAUAGCGUCGAGACGCACAGCGUCUGACUUAGUCUCUAGUCAGCGUCAUCGUUCAAAACUCGUUCAACGAAAAGCGCACAUUAUCUCUGUGGCAACAUCGGCGGCAUUCAACAAAAGGAAAAUAAGGAAAUAUGCCGGCACGUAACAAGGAACAAGAGAAUGAGAUUUUAACAUGGAUCGAAACCGUCUUAGGAGAAAAACUUCCACCUGGAAAUUACGAAGAUAUACUCAAAAAUGGAGUGAUUCUGUGCAAGCUUAUUAAUAAAUUGGCGCCUGGUUCGGUAAAAAAGAUUCAGACCAAAGGAACUAAUUUCCAACUUAUGGAAAAUGUUCAGAGAUUCCAAGCAGCCAUUAAAGAAUAUGGCGUUCCGCAAGAGGAAAUUUUCCAAACAGCUGAUCUUUUUGAAAAGCGCAAUAUUCCACAGGUUACAUUGUGUCUUUAUGCUUUGGGCAGGAUAACACAAAAGCAUCCUGAAUAUACAGGUCCACGUCUAGGACCAAAAAUGGCCGAAGAAAACAAACGAUUAUUCUCAGAAGAUCAGCUUCGAGCAAGCGAGGGCCAUCUCAAUUUACAAAUGGGAUACAACAAAGGAGCUAGUCAAGCUGGUCAUGGUGGAUUUGGCAAUACUCGACACAUGUAAAUUUUCUAAAAUGCGUAAAAAAUACAUUAUAAACUUAUAAAAACACAAAAAUCUAUAUAAACAUUUACAUAGAUAUAAAUAUUCUUCCAUCUACUUCUUCUAUCUACUUAUCGAUCUUAAAAUGUAUAUGGUUGAAAAAUGCAAUUAGCAAUCAAUUUUAAAUAUUUAGUCACUAAUCUAUAGCUGAUCUGAAAAAAAUUCAACUAAAUCGGUAUUUUAUUUUCUCGUCGAAUAAAAAUCUUAUCUUCUAGAUAUUACAACAGUGUAAUCUAUAAUCUCAAUAUACGUAUAAUAUUACGAUGUUAUAUGUUAUACGUUAUAUGUUAUACGAAAUUUCAUUAUUAUGUAUUCAAUAUACAUAAAUGUGAAAUGUGUUGAUAAACUAUAAUUAAAAAAAGCAGACACUUAAUACACGUUACAUUAUAAUUACAUAUAUAGAUAAAUUAAAUAUACAACAUUAAACGUAUACAUAUUAUACGUAUAUACAACACGAUAUAGGUAUGCAAUACAUUGAAUAUUAAUUUAUCUUUCAUGAAUAUUUAUUGAAAAAAAUAAGAAAUAUGAUAAAAUUCUAAAUAAAUUAUGUUUAUAUCAUGUGAAAUAUAAAUUAAAUUUAUAAAUAGCAAUUAUAUAUAAUUUCACAAUUAUUUUAUAUAUAAAAUUUUAUAUAAAUUCUUAUAUUGAAGAUUAUUUUAUCAAUCUGAAUAAAUAGUGUAAUAUCUUUUCUAAGAUUGUUAUUACUCUCACAUAAUUUGCUAAUACUAUGUAAAUAAUAAUUGUACAAAAUAAAAAAGCAACACUGCUAUUUUAUAUUAUUA